UGUUUAGUAUGUUAGAUAGUAUUAUUCGACGUAUACUUUAGCUAUAUAAAAAUGAAAUAAACAGUAGUCUUCUUGUACAAUUAAAACUUUAGACAUUUUUCUUAGUGAAAUGGACAGUAAAUUAGCUGCAGAAUAUGAUCAGAGUUCUUUUCCAUCAAAGUGGUCAUUCUGGAAACACAGGAGAUAUGUAGUUGCAUUUAUGGCAUUUUUUGGGUUCUUUAAUGCCUAUGCUUUAAGAGUAAAUUUGAGCAUCGCUAUAGUUGCUAUGACAUCGGAUAGAUAUGAAACUUUGGAAAAUGGCACCGUCAUUAACAUUGGGCCAGAAUUUGAUUGGAGCAACGAAAUACAAGGCUACAUUCUCAGCUCAUUCUUCUACGGAUACAUCACUACUCAAUUAUUAGGAGGUUACUUCUCAGCAAAAUAUGGCGGAAAACUUAUUUUCGGUACAGGAAUAGCUGUAACAGCAGCACUAACUAUUAUCACACCAUGGUUAGCUACAACCAAUGUCUAUCUUUUACUCGCUGUCCGAAUAAUCGAAGGAGUAUUUGAGGGUGUUACAUAUCCAAGUUUGCAUGCAAUUUGGUCUAAAUGGGCACCACCUUUAGAGAGAACCAGGUUAUCUAUGCUUGCCUCGUCUGGUAGUUAUGUUGGAACUGUCGUAGCUAUGCCUUUGAGUGCGUUACUGGCUGAAGCGUUUGGUUGGAGUAGUAUAUUUUACUUUUUUGGUGUUUUGGGACUAAUAUGGUAUACUCUGUGGAUGCUUAUAGUAGCAAAUGCACCUGAUAAUGAUUCGAAUAUUAGCGAUUGGGAGCUUAAAUAUAUUCAAUCUUCUAUGGAAGUAAAUUCUAGUGAUAAAUUACAAGAAAUUGCCGUUCCAUGGAAAUCGAUAUUUUCUUCUAAAGCCGUGUGGUCAAUAUGUGUGGCAAACUUCAGCGAAAAUUGGGGCUUCUACACUUUCAUGACUCAGUUACCAAAAUUCUUGAAUGAUAUUUACAGUUUUAAAUUGGGCACGUCAGGUUUUCUUUCCAGUCUUCCCUAUGUCGCAAUGUCGAUAAUGGUUGCAUUGUCAGGACAAAUAGCUGAUUUUCUCAUAACUAGACAAUAUCUAACGGUUACUCAGACGAGAAAAUAUUUCAAUUUCUUCGGAUUUGUUGCACAAUUUAUUUUCCUGAUGGCUGUUACCUUCGUAUUUAACAGUACCGUUACAGUAAUGUGUUUAUCUAUGGCUGUAGGCCUAGGUGCCUUUGCAUGGGCAGGAUUCAGUGUAAAUCCUCUGGAUAUAGCUCCACAAUAUGCCAGCGUACUGUUAGGCAUAAGCAAUACCUUUGGAACCAUGCCUGGCAUUAUGAGUCCAAUUGUGUCUGGAUAUAUUAUCUCCAAUAACCCUACGAUUUACGAAUGGAGGGUAGUAUUUUUUAUUUCGGCCGGAUUAUACUUGUUUGGCGCUUUCUUUUUUGUAUCGUGUGCUUCAGGAGAACUACAACCAUGGGCCAAAUCCAAAGAACAAGAAGAGAAUAAACCAAAUUCGGUCAAGUCGCCUUCAACAACUUGGAAAUUUUGGACACAAAGGCGAUAUAUUUUAGCUAUCCUAGUUUUUUUCGGAUAUUUGAAUAUAUAUUCUUUACGAGUUAACUUAAGUAUUGGUAUUGUGGUUAUGACACAAGACAGAUAUGUAUUAUUACCAAAUGGCACUGAACAAAACAUAGGUCCAGAAUUCACAUGGAAUAACGAAAUUCAAGGCUAUUUAUUAAGUUCGUUUUUCUAUGGAUAUUUAAUGACUCAAAUACUUGGAGGAUUCCUUUCUAAGAGGUUUGGAGGAAAGUUAAUCUUUGGAGGAGGUGUUGCAGGGGCUGCUUUCUUUACUUUGCUUAGUCCGUUCUUUGCAACCGUAAAUGUGUAUCUUCUUUUGGCUGCAAGAAUUUUCAUGGGAAUAUUUGAGGGUGUGACGUAUUCUAGUUUGUUCUCUAUGUGGGCUAAGUGGAUUCCUCCCAGUGAAAGGAGCAGGUUUACUAGUCAAGCAAAUUCAGGCAGUUAUACUGGAGCAGUUUUUGCUAUGAUGUUUUAUGCUUAUUUAGCUGACGCCAGUGGUUGGAGGAGUGUGUUUUACUUUUCAGGUGGGCUGGCAUUAGUUUGGUACAUACUAUGGGUUUUGCUAAUACAAGAGUCUCCAGAAACAGACAAGUGGAUAUCAAACUCCGAACUACAAUACAUUCAGCAAGCCUUAAAGGAGUCAAAGCCCACCAAAUCAGUUUCAGUACCAUGGAAACAUGUUUUAACAUCUAAAGCUGUGUGGGCAUUACAGGUGGCAGUAUUUUGCGAAACUUGGGGAUUUUAUACUUUGCUUACCCUCCUACCAAAGUAUUUCAAAGAUGUGUUUAACUUCGACAUUUCAAAAUCAGGAAUACUUUCUGCAUUGCCCUACAUAUUUAUAGCCAUAAUGAUGCAAGUUACAGGUCAACUGGCAGACAGGGUUGUCCAAAAGAAACUUCUAAGCAUAACCUGGGCAAGAAAAACGUUUAUGGCUAUUGGGUUUUUGUCGCAGACGUGUUUUAUGUUGGGUGCAGCCUUUUGGGGAGAAGCUUCUGGAACUGUGUUUUGUUUAGUAUUUGCUGUAGGAAUGGGCUCCUUUGCUAUAGCUAUUAUAAGUGUAAAUGCCUUGGAUAUCGCUCCAGUAAAUGCAAGCAUCCUAUUCGGAAUCGUAAAUACAUAUGGCACCAUUCCUGGAAUUAUAAGUCCUAUUAUUGCUGGAUAUGUAAUUUCCACUGAUAAUCCGACUGCAGAACAAUGGAGAAUCAUAUUUUAUAUAACAGCAAGUUUAUACCUAUUUGGAGCAAUAUUUUUUAUGGUUUUUGCUUCUGGAUUAAGGCAACCUUGGGAUAUUGAAAAAAAACCCUAUCUUAAAAAAUCCACUGGUGAAGAACAGCCCGAAUAUAAUGAAAAUUAAUGAAAUAAAUUUUCUGAAUUACUAUUUAUUAAAAAGCACUUUAAAAGUCUUUACUUCA